AUGCCGGGGCCCCACGGAGCCCACCUCAUGCCGGGGUCCCACGGAGCCCACCUCAAGCCUGGACCCCACGGAGCCCACCUCAUGCCGGGGCCCCACGGAGCCCACCUCAAGCCGGGGCCCCACGGAGCCCACCUCAUGCCGGGGUCCCACGGAGCCCACCUCAAGCCGGGGCCCCACGGAGCCCACCUCAAGCCGGGGCCCCACGGAGCCCACCUCAUGCCAGGGGUCCCACGGAGCCCACCUCAAGCCGGGGUCCCACGGAGCCCACCUCAUGCCAGGGGUCCCACGGAGCCCACCUCAAGCCGGGGCCCCACGGAGCCCACCUCAUGCCGGGGUCCCACGGAGCCCACCUCAAGCCGGGGCCCCACGGAGCCCACCUCAUGCCGGGGUCCCACGGAGCCCACCUCAUGCCGGGGCCCCACGGAGCCCACCUCAUGCCAGGGGUCCCACGGAGCCCACCUCAAGCCGGGGCCCCAUGGAGCCCACCUCAUGCCGGGGCCCCACGGAGCCCACCUCAAGCCGGGGCCCCAUGGAGCCCACCUCAUGCCGGGGGCCCCACGGAGCCCACCUCAUGCCGGGGUCCCACGGAGCCCACCUCAAGCCGGGGCCCCACGGAGCCCACCUCAAGCCGGGGCCCCACGGAGCCCACCUCAUGCCGGGGCCCACGGAGCCCACCUCAUGCCAGGGGUCCCACGGAGCCCACCUCAUGCCGGGGGCCCCAUGGAGCCCACCUCAUGCCGGGGCCCCACGGAGCCCACCUCAUGCCGGGGUCCCACGGAGCCCACCUCAUGCCGGGGUCCCACGGAGCCCACCUCAUGCCGGGGUCCCACCGGGCCCACCUCAAGCCGGGGGCCCCACGGAGCCCACCUCAUGCCGGGGUCCCACGGAGCCCACCUCAUGCCGGGGUCCCACGGAGCCCACCUCAUGCCGGGGUCCCACGGAGCCCACCUCAAGCCGGGGGCCCCACGGAGCCCACCUCAUACCGGGGGUCCCACGGAGCCCACCUCAUGCCGGGGUCCCACGGAGCCCACCUCAAGCCGGGGGUCCCACGGAGCCCACCUCAUGCCGGGGUCCCACGGAGCCCACCUCAAGCCGGGGGCCCCACGGAGCCCACCUCAUGCCAGGGGUCCCACGGAGCCCACCUCAUGCCAGGGGUCCCACGGAGCCCACCUCAUGCCAGGGGUCCCACGGAGCCCACCUCAUGCCGGGGGUCCCACGGAGCCAACCUCAUGCCGGGGCCCCACGGAGCCCACCUCAUGCCGGGGGCCCCACGGAGCCCACCUCAUGCCGGGGGUCCCACGGAGCCCACCUCAUGCCGGGGCCCCACGGAGCCCACCUCAUGCCGGGGGCCCCACGGAGCCCACCUCAUGCCGGGGGGCCCCACGGAGCCCACCUCAAGCCGGGGCCCCACGGAGCCCACCUCAAGCCGGGGCCCCACGGAGCCCACCUCAUGCCGGGGCCCCACGGAGCCCACCUCAUGCCGGGGGCCCCACUGAGCCCACCUCAAGCCGGGGCCCCACGGAGCCCACCUCAUGCCGGGGUCCCACGGAGCCCACCUCAUGCCGGGGGCCCCACGGAGCCCACCUCAUGCCGGGGGCCCCACGGAGCACACCUCUAGCCGGGGCCCCACGGAGCCCACCUCAUGCCGGGGUCCCACGGAGCCCACCUCAUGCCGGGGUCCCACGGAGCCCACCUCAUGCCGGGGGCCCCACAGAGCCCACCUCAAGCCGGGUCCCACGCCGGCCCACCUCAUGCCAGGGGCCCCACAGAGCCCACCUCAUGCCGGGCCCCACGGAGCCCACCUCAUGCCGGGGGCCCCACGGAGCCCACCUCAAGCCGGGGCCCCACAGAGCCCACCUCAUGCCGGGGCCCCACGGAGCCCACCUCAUGCCGGGGGCCCCACGGAGCCCACCUCAAGCCGGGGCCCCACGGAGCCCACCUCAUGCCGGGGUCCCACGGAGCCCACCUCAUGCCGGGGGCCCCACAGAGCCCACCUCAUGCCGGGGUCCCACGGAGCCCACCUCAUGCCGGGGGCCCCACAGAGCCCACCUCAUGCCAGCGGCUUUCCGAAACAUGUUGAUCAUGAGGCACCAUAAGGCCCCACUAACAUAG